CUUUGAGGCGGGUGCAGAUCUUUUUGCCCCAGAGCUGUUGGUUGCCCAGAGCGCAGCCGAGCUCUCCGGAUUGGUGGGUGCACCCCAGUGUCUGUCCAGGGCCCGCCUUCUGCCUUUUUCUGCUUCGGAUAGACCAUGGCCCUGAGAGCAUGUGGUUUGAUCAUCUUCCGAAGACGCCUCAUUCCCAAGGUGGAUAACACUGCAAUUGAGUUUCUACUGCUGCAGGCCUCCAAUGGCAUUCAUCACUGGACUCCUCCCAAAGGCCACGUGGAACCAGGAGAAAGUGACCUGCAAACAGCCCUGCGGGAGACUCAGGAGGAAGCAGGCAUAGAUGCAGGCCAGCUGACCAUCAUUGAAGGCUUCAGAAAGGAGCUCAAUUAUGUGGCCUGGGAGAAGCCUAAAACCGUCAUCUACUGGCUGGCGGAAGUAAAGGACUACGAUGUGGAGGUCCGCCUCUCCCGAGAGCACCAGGCCUACCGCUGGCUGGGGCUGGAUGAGGCCUGCCAGUUGGCUCAGUUCAAGGACAUGAAGGCAGUGCUCCAAGAAGGACACCAGUUUCUCUGCUCCAUGGCAGCCUGAGCUGACCAGAGCAGGGUCUUUGGCUUCAGUAGGAUCCUUGAGGGCCUUCUGAGAUGAGCCCACCUUCACUUCCGGGGAAGGGUGUGCUGAUCUUUGGCUCAUCACAGCUGAGAACAGCUAGGUUAGCAAAAUCACCUGAGGACUCUCAGAGGCAGGCAAGCAAAUCUCUCAGCUGGGUGGAAAAGGAGGCAAAGAAGGAGUUUAAAAAAAAAAAAAAAAAAAAGCUCAGUGAGUGCAUCCUUGUACUUUAUGAAUAAACCCAAAGCAGCUUA